UAGGUAUUUCCGGUAAAAUAACCACAUUCGUAAAGUUCAUUUUGUUUGUGACGUGGUUCCGAAGUUCCUUCCAAGAAGAAAUGGCAAAAAAUCUUACAUUUAAAUUAAAAAGUGGCGAUCUGAUGCCAUUAGUUGGAUUUGGAACAUACCAGAUUCAUGGUGAAGAAUUAAUAAGGGAUGUUCUUGAUAAAGCAUUAGGUGCUGGUUAUAGGUUAAUUGAUACUGCCAAAGUGUACCAUAAUGAAAAUGAAAUUGGUAAAGCUUUAAAAGAACUAUUGCCCAAAUAUAAUCUUACAAGAAAAGACAUAUUUAUCACCUCUAAACUUUCUCCUCAGGACCAAGGUGAUAAAGCCUACGAAGCCCUUCAACAUUCUGUUCACAACCUAGAUUGUGAAUACCUCGAUCUUUUUUUAAUCCAUUGGCCUGGAGCUUUUGGAACAAACAGUGCCAGUAACAACAAUUCCAAAUUAAGAGACAGAAGUUGGGAGUUAUUAGUUCAAGGAGUUAAAGAUGGCCUAACAAAAAAUAUUGGAGUUUCAAACUAUAAUGUAAAGCAUAUGAGGGCUAUUUUGCAAAAAAAUCAUGGUAUUAUUCCUGCUGUAAACCAGGUCGAAUGGCAUCCACAUUAUCAUCAAGCUGAUUUAAAAAAAUUGGUAGAUAAAGAAGGAAUUUUAUUGCAAGCCUAUUCUUCACUGGGAGGUACAAAUAAUCCUGAUUUGUUAACUGAUAAAACGGUUGUUGAAAUUUCAAAACAAUUAGGAAAAACAUCAGCACAAGUCCUAUUGAGGUGGAGUCUGCAGCAAAACAUUGCAGUAAUUCCCAAGGCAAGUUCCCAAAAACGCAUUGAAGAAAAUAUUAAAUUAGAUUUUGUUAUACCUGAAGAAGACAUGCAAAAAUUAAGCAGUAUUCAAUUUCAAAAUAAAUACGCUUGGGAUCCAGACACUAUUGCAUAG